UCAGUAGUACUCGUAGUGUAUUGCCAAUCCAUCGAUGAAAUCCCUUCCUUCCAUCUGCACCGUCCAUCCCCACGCACACACCCCCACGCCACCGCCGCCGCCGGUCGCCGGAGGGAGCCGGCCAUCUCCGAUGACCACCACCACCACCUCCGGGGCGCCCACGCCCCCACGCUUCAAGCGAUCCCCCCACAGGAAGAAGCGGCAGCCCCGUACCCGCCGCGUCGCCGCCGGAGAGACCAUCGCCGCGGGGAAACCACCGCACCCGGCGUGUACGGCGGUGUCGUUGCAGUCGCCGUUUGGGCCCGCAUUGCCGCGCGAUUUCUUCGAGGUGGACGCGCUUGACCUCGCCCCACGCCUCCUCGGCAAGCUGCUGCGCCGCGACGAAGUCGUCCUCCGCAUCACCGAGGUGGAGGCUUACAGGCCAAAUGACUCCGCGUGCCACGGCCGGUUCGGCAUCACGGCGAGGACUGCUCCUGUGUUUGGAUCAGGAGGGCAUGCGUAUGUUUACCUGUGCUAUGGACUGCACAUGAUGCUCAAUGUCGUCGCUGACAAGGAGGGAGUUGGAGCUGCUGUUCUGAUUCGGUCAUGUGCUCCCGUUAGUGGGCUGGCAACUAUUCAGCAGCGUCGAGGCCAGCAGACUGAUAAGCCACUUCUACUCACUGGACCAGGAAAGGUUGGUCAAGCUCUGGGGCUUUCCACUGACUGGUCCAACCAUCCUCUGUACACACCUGGUGGGUUGGAGGUACUAGACGGGCCAGAACCGGAGAACAUUUUGGUUGGCCCCCGUGUAGGCAUCGAAUACGCAUCGCCGGAGCAUGUUGCUGCACCAUGGAGGUUCGCCGUCGCAGGGACGCCAUGGAUUAGUGCCCCCAAGAACACUCUCAGACCAAGGUGAGGGCUUGGAGGCUGGACUGCUGGAGGCCUUGGAGGCUGGAGCUUAGUACCAAAGUAAAUGGAUGUUUGAUGUUUUUGUCUUUUGCUAGAGGUGAAGGGUAGCUGCUGCUUGUCCACAUUAUAGUGCGCCAUGUUUGAUGUUCAGAAACUCUUAGUUUCAUCGACACGGCAGUGUCGGAUAGAGAUGCAACUAUGAAGUCAAAUCCACCUGUGUACAUGACUUUUGCUUUAGUAGGCCACAUUGUCCGGCCAAAAAGAAAAGGCAAAAUCAGCAGUCCAUUGUGCAAGUAUAGUAAUGAAACAUUAGAGAGCCUAGUGUGCA